AUGCCGAAGGGCGAUGGAUUGGGCUUUGUGUCAAAGGACUAUGCCGACCUCUUUCGAGAGCUACAUGGCGAGUUUGCCAACAAGGACCCUGUUCAACUCAAGCCACCAUGUCGCGUGCAAAGAGCCACGACAGAGGAGCUGUCAGUCCGGCACUUCCCCUUCGGAGUCUUGCGAGUAAAGCUCCGCAUGUGUGGCGACAACGUCGCAAUCGAAGAAGUGGCGAAAGGGGAGUACAUGAAAUGGAGCGUUGCUGAGGCGCUCUCGCAAAGCUUCAAGAAGUUAUUGAAAAUCGUGGUUCCUUCCACCGGCAUCUUCACCUGCACGGACGAGAUCGAAGUUCUCAGCGUGCAACGCCCAAGCUUGGGUGACAGCCUGUGGCAAUUCUGUGAGUUUCGCUUUGACUACAAGGUUGCCGUUGAGGAGGCAGACUCCAAGCAGCUUGUUUCUGGCGUGUUUGCAAACAUGGUGGACUUUGAAGCCAUCUUUUGCCAGCAGUUGGAGACGAGAUUCAGAGAUGUGUACCUUCUCACUGUCCUUGGCCUCGUUAACAAGCGCUUCGCAUUAAUGCAUGGUGGCGAGAUCUUGGACGCGAUCUCCCUUUACAAGGCUGCGGAGACAAACGCUGUGGAGACCAUCGUCGCAUUGGCCGGCUCAACCAACGCCACUGCUGUGCUGAAGGGCGACCGCUUCCCAUGCGGGCUGCUGAAUGAGGACGAGACGUUCUCAAUGGUCUCCCUUCAGCGGACGCCCCUACUCGCUGCUGCAGAAGCUGGCCAUGCCGAGGCGACCCUUCGGUUACUGGAAGCAAAGGCGGACGUGAAUUACCAGGACACAUCUGGUUUUCACGCUCUCUACCUUGCAGCUGGAGCCUCGAACGCGCAAGAGGUUGUGCAGCUUCUUCUGGAGCAUGGGGCGGAUCUACAGCUCGCGAACAGAAGUGGUUACACUGCGCUCCACAACGCUUGUGGCUGUGGUCAGGGGGACAACAUUCGAGUGCUGCUUGAGGCCCGUGCCGAUCUCAACAGGAAGAGCCGCAGCGGAGCGGCUCCCGUGCACGUGGCUGCGAUUAGCGACCGCCCGUCGUCAUUGGAGGCGCUGGUGCAGUUCAAAGCGAACCUGGACAUGCCGGCAAUCGGCGGGAACACGGCCGUGCACGAGGGUGUCAUGCAGAACAAUCCUGGAAUCAUCCAGAAGCUCUUUGAGCUGAAGGCAGACAUUAACAUUGAAAGUGGGCCGGACAACCAGUUCGCAACGCCGUUGAGGAUGGCGCUGGACAGGAAGAAAAAGAAGGCCGCAAAGCUACUCAAGGAGCUUGGUGCCGUUGAGCAGGUGCCUGGAGGCAACGGCAUCGAGAUCCCUGACGCUGCCAAGACAAGCACGAGCGAGUUCAGGUUGAGACGGCGGACCUUGCGCUGA